CAUAAGAGGAUUUUAAGCUUAUGACACUUGUGCUCUAGAUUAUCGACACUAUCUACGAAAAUUCUAAACUUCUUUACAAAUCUAAAACAUUUUUAAAAUCUACACAACCGUAUAUUUAAAAAAAUUAAAAGCAUAAAAAAGACCGAAAACAUGACGGUACAAGGAAAAAAAAAGAAGUAAAUAGCAGCUCACAAGUCCACUUUUCGCGUAACAAAAAUUAUCUUAGAUAGUACCCUGACCACCAGUGGGCAAGAAUAGAGUUUUUUAGAUACAAGAAAAGCUGGAUAACCAUUAUCUAUUUCAAUCUAUUAGAUAUAGUAAAUAAAAUAUUCACUUGUAUUAAACGUGAUAGUGCAUCCAACGCUUUUGUGUGUUUUUGUGUGAUUCAGAAUAGACAAAACUAUGGGUUUUAUUAAUGUUUCACCUAUAUUUUCAAGAUUGCCAAAAUAUACCAUCACUUGUAUGCGUAACAUAUAUACUUAUGGUUAUCCGUUACAAUUUGGUAUAACCAAUACUCUCCUUGCGGAACCAUUGAAAAAAAAGAAGAAGAUAGAUCCGGCUAUAAUUAGAGAAAGAGAAGAAAGAAAGAAAAAGAAGUUAGAAAAGUUUAUUCGUCGUUUAGAAAAACAUUCUAAACAAUUAAAGCCUAUCGGUGAAUUGCAGAUACCAUUAUAUUUAAAAACUGAGAAAGAGGAAAGGACAAGAAAGCUUGUACCUUUAUCCGAAGAGGAAGAAGAUAGAAGAAUUUUGUUACAAAAAGAAUGGGCCAGAUAUAAACAUAGACAGUACUUAGAUGAUAUUCAGACAAUUGAUAGAUUCAUUUCAUCUCAGAACAAAGCGCUACAAGAGUUAAAAGCUGAAUCAGAAGAAUUAUACAAUGAAGCGAUACAGAUUGAUCUUACCUUUUUACCAUAUUUAAAUCGAGGACCUUGUCAUACACCACCGAUAAAAAAUUAUGAUAGUCCAGAUGGGGAAUAUAAAGAUGUAACAUUUAAAUAUCCUGGUGAAACGUAGCAAAAUUAUAAAUGAAAUUUUAAUUCAAAUAUCUGUAUAGAUAA